AUGGAAAGAAGCAAGAUUAUGUUAAACCCAGAAGCUCGGAUUCUUCAGCUGAAUAAGACUGCUAUGGGUUUAUUAGGUAAUGAUAAAAAUGCUCUUAAAUAUUUACAAAAAGCAGAAAAAAUUCUCCUUGAUGGCGAUGCUCCAGAAAUUUUAAAAAUGAGCAACAGACUGAGAUUGAUGGCAACUACUUAUAAUAAUUAUGGAUGCUACUACAAAACAAUGAAGCAGCCAAAUGCAGCUUUGUAUUAUCUUAAAAAAACUCUAAAACUUGAAGCCCAAGCAUUUGCAGAUCCUGUUGCUAUAGCAUCUACCCAGCUUAACAUCUGUGCCAUCUAUUCUCAAUUAGGAAAGCACGAUAUCGCUAUAAGUUAUGCAAAACAAUCAUUGAAUUUGCUUUCAAAAUUUGAAGAGUCUGAUGAAAUUUUCCCUGAAAAUUCUUAUUCAACGCUCGCAGUUUGCUAUUUUAAUAUAGGGGCUGAGCUUGAAUUUAUGAGGAGAUUUGAUGAUGCUAUAAAGUAUUAUCAGAGCGGCUAUAGGAUCGCAAUUUCUCAUCUUGGGGCUUCUCAUGAGCUGACUAGGAGAUUAUAUUCUUCAAUGAGUCAGUUAGGAGAAAAAAACGAAACUUUAAUCAGAUUGAAAUCGCAGAGACAAGUCCAAAGAUCGCUUGGAAGAAUUUCUCAUAUCGAAAUCAGGGCGAAGUCUGCAAUAAAAGAGAGGAUGGAUACGACUAUGAGUGUUGCUCCAAAAGAAAAAAGAUUAAGAAUACAUACAGCUAACAGCAGGCCAAGAUCAAAAAGCCACCCAAAAAGAAAUUUAAAUAAAAGCUGUAGCAUUGACUCAAGAGCUUAUACACUAGCAAGCACCCCCCAUUUGGACUCAAAAACCCCUGAACUCGAGUAUGAGAAAUUAAAGCAAUAUCUCAACUCCUCAAAAUAUCUUAACAGCAGCAUUGUAUAA